UCGGGCAGGAUUGUGAAUCUAUAUCGGCAGAGGUCGGACGUUGGGGCGGCCAUUUUGGUUGCGGCGAGGAGUGCGGGGAAGAGGCUCUGGGGGAGCAUGAGCUGAAAGGGAAACGUAACGGUAUAUAUGCAACCCAAGGGUUCAAAUGCAAAGGAUGGAAAAGACCUUGGGCUGGGGGUUUCCGAGGGGACUAGCUUGAAUAAAAAAUCAAUACCCGUGGAGUCUGAACAAGGCUUUCGAGGCUGAGCAAGUUACCGGUCCAGAUCUGGUCUAAACUCUGACGGCGUUAUUAGUACAAGCAAGCCCCUCAAUUCACCGUGUCCGCCUCGAGAUCUGCCUUGGCGAUAUUUCAAGAGGAAUUAAAAAAGAAAGAUGUCAAUCACUAUUGAAUUAGUGAGCGAAAUCCACACACAAAUCCCGUCGUCAAUCUACCCCGCUUUACCCUUGGCCGCCAACGACAUCCGCCUCAUCACAAUCCAAGCCAAAGGCAACGGCGACAACCCUGACAGCCUUAGCUGCUCUCUCCACGUAUCCAGCCUCGACGACUCGACACCCUACCACGCCCUCUCAUACACCUGGGGCCCGGCCACCGUCCAAGAAGCCGACGACAGGCCCGCCACCAGCAUCACCUGCAACGGCCACGCCAUCCUCAUCACGCACAACCUUUGGACCGCGCUCCUGCGGAUACGAGACAACCCAGAGCUCGCGAGCAAAAGGUUCUGGAUCGAUGCCAUCUCCAUCAACCAGACCGACGAUGCGGAGCGCUCGAGGCAGGUCCAGCUCAUGGCGAGCAUCUACAGCUCUGCCUCUUGCGUGCUAAUCUGGCUGGGCGAGGAAGACGACCACACGGUCAAGGCGCUACGCCUAAUACACCACCUCACGACGAUAGACGCACGACACCUGGCCAGACUAACUCCGCAAAGCAUAUCCCAAAGCCCGCUCUCACGGGACCGCGGAGGCGGCGACGACGACGACGACGACAACGACGACAUCCUCCACGACCCCACAUCCUGGGACGCCGUCCGAACCCUCUUCCGGCGCAACUACUUUUGCAGAUCGUGGAUCAUCCAAGAAGUCGUCCUCGCGCGCUCCGCCACCGUCCUCUGCGGCCGCCAAACAACCUCGUGGACGCACCUCGAAUCCGUCUCCCACUUCCUCUCCACCACGUCCUGGUCCUCCCACUUCUCCUCCACCAGCCUCCUGCGAGACACCACCCCAGGCGCCUGCCACCACAACGUCCCCACGAUCCUCAAGGCGAACAAAGCCUCCCGCAACCGCCUCGAGGGCAACAACAACUACGCCUCCGCCCUCGCGCACGCGCUGGUACGCACGCGACACUUCCGCGCCACGGACCCGCGGGACAAAGUCUACGCGCUCUUUGGUCUCGUGGGGCUGGACGGCGGCAGCCCGGUGCGCGACAGGCGGCGGCUGCGGCCCCUGUACGGCGACGAGGUCACCGUGGAGUCCGUCUACGUCGCCGCCGCCGUGCAGAUCCUGGAGGACACGGACGACUUGUUCCUGCUGUACUGCGUCGAGGGGGACAAGUUCCGAGAUGCCGCGCUGCCGUCUUGGGUGCCGGAUUGGCGGUGCGAUAAGGCGUUGGGGUUGCGGGUUACCGGGUACCGCCGGUUUGAUGCCUCUGGGGGGCUGCCGCGGACGCUGGUGAUUCGUGAGUCUUGCAGGGUGUUGGAGAUGCGGGCGUUGAAGAUUGACGUGGUUCGGGUUGCUGCUGAGACGAAGCACGAGAUCUAUUUUGGCGCACCGUUCCCGACGUUGAUGAAGAUCCUGAUGGGAGAGGACCCUCGCGUGGACGAGGGAGUGUUGAAUGCAGUCUGGCGCUCUCUAGUGACCAACACCGGAGGUGACCCGCCGCAGUGUCCAAUAGAUGAGAGAUACAAGGGGGCGUUUGUGCACUGGAUUACAGAGAGGCUUGAUGCGAUAUCUAAAGGUCUGAAAGGCGGAGAGGAUGCUCAAGUGGCGGCCAUGAUUGCCUACUUUCGUCGUUUGAGCCAAUCUAUGCCGCCAGCUCCUGGGAUGGAAGACUACAAUACCGCAUUCUCCCAUGGGUUGCAUCUGAGGCUCUUUGAGACGUCUGGAGGCUUCAUCGGGCUUGGUUCAGAGUGUCUUCAGAUGAAUGACUCAAUCUGGAUCGUUCCUGGCUCACGUGUACCAUUGAUAUUCCGGAAGAAAGGACCAAGCCAUCACCGGCUGGUAGGGGGUGCAUAUGUCCAUGGUGUGAUGCAGGGAGAAGCAGUCAAAUCGAGCAAUGUCAAGACACAUGAGUGGGAAACUCUGUCUGUCGAAUAAAUGCCAGAAUUAGCUUUACACUCCGAUGAAGAAUACGAACAAGAGCUCGAACUCACCGGAAAUACCAAUAGUGUGAAGCAUUGAGCACACAAUCCACUCCGACUGAAUGGGAAUCCCAAAGAGACAUACCUUGGAUGGGGAA